UUGUGAAUAUCAAUGAAUAGGAACAUUCGAUCGGAAUUAUGAAACGAUAGGAGUUUUCCACUUUUUAAAGAGGUUCAAUGGCUUCUAAUCCUGAUAAUGAUGACGUUGAAGUUGUAGAAAUUGUUUCAUAUGAUCGAAAUGACCGUGAAAAUGAGGACAUCGUGGAGUUGGAGGACGAAUCGGACCGCGAAGAACAAGAGAUGGAGGUGGACUCUGGGGGAGAUGAACAUGAAAGCGAACUCGUUCAGCAACCAAGCGAGGAAAAUAACGUGCUAGAUGAAUCAGAGGUGCAGUCGUCAAUUCAAAAUGUGACGCCGGCAGUUGGCAGAAGCGUACAAGUUGUUGGAGUUUCAGCAGUGAAUUCCCCGGACGAUUUUCAACAGAAGUCCUCGAAAACAGGCACAAAAAACAUUUCUGUAAAAGCUAAAAAUUCCAGAUCGCCGAUAAAAUCACCCGAGAAAGAUGAGGAUUCCCAAAAUUGUCCAAUUUGCUUUGAGCCAUGGUCAAACUCAGGCUCUCACAGGCUGUCAUCUCUCACUUGUGGGCAUCUCUUUGGAAGAAGCUGCAUUGAAAGAUGGUUGAAAGCCAAGGGAGGAAAUGACAAAUGUCCACAGUGCAAUGCACCAGCAAGGAAAAAAGACAUCAGAAAUAUCUACACUAAAGCCAUCAAGGCCAUUGAUACAACUGAACGUGACAGGGCACUGGCAGAUCUGCAAAAGGAGAAGGAAGCUCGAAAGAAGGCAGAAGAAAGAGAGGCUCGUGCAUUGCUGCAAUAUCAGUUGGCAAAAGCUGAGUGUGAGAGAAUUGUUGAACAACUCAAAAGACAAGAGCAGCUGGUUGUCAGUUUACAAAGGGAAAGGUCUGGCUCAUACCCACAAUGUGGCUCAGAAUCUGAGGGAUCAUCAACAGCUGUAAGAACACUUGGACAGAGCACCUCUGGUCAGAGUUCAUUAUCAAGGAAAUCAUACGUUCUACAAACUUCUUUUCAAGUCUCGCAGAAUGGAGCAAGAGUAAUUUCUUUUGAUCAACACCAUGCUGUGCUGGUUGUGUCCAAGCCUUCACCAAACCAGCUCUUUCCUGGAUUUGGCAUUGUGAAGGUAAGCUCUUUAGACUCAAAGCAUUGUGAGUUUGUGCGGAUUCACCAGAAGGCGGUCCGUGAUGUGGCAUUCAACAACAGAGGUGAUGGUUUGUUGUUGACAGCAAGCAUGGACAAGACAGUUAGGGUCACUAGUAUGCUGAGUAAUACUGUUGUACAGACUUACAAUACACCGGCUCCUGCUUGGUCAUGUGCUUGGAAUGAAGAUGACACCAAUUACAUCUACUGUGGUCUACAGAAUGGCACUUGUCUUAUUUUUGACAUAAGAAACACUGACACUUAUCUAAAGAGUAUUCAGAACACAACAAGAGGGUCCUGUCCUGUUAUAGCCUUGGCUCAUGUGUCACCAGACCCCCACAGUGCCUUGAGACCUGGUGGAAUUCUUGUUUGCAAACUAGAAGGAGCUUCUUUCUGGGAAAAAACACCUGGAGCUGAUUUUGUUCCUCAUUGCCUAGCUCUUCCUGAAGGGUCUUGCACCAGUUUAUCCUUUGAGCCAUCCACUCGUCACUGUCUGUUUUCACUUCGCCCCUCCAAGAAAUUCCCUCAAACAAGACAUUUGGUUUGUCAGUUGCAAGGGAAAGGUGUGGGCGUAUCAAUGGCACGAGCUCAGGCAGAAGGAGUAGGGAGUAUGGAGGCUGGUGGGGAUGAUGCCAGCCUCUGUACCUGUCAGGCUGUCAAUCAAUGUGUCGGUGGCCCAACACAAAAGCUUCUCAGCAAAUCCAGGUUGUUCACUUGUCCCAAUGAUUACAACACUCUGAUGGUGGCAGCUGGCGAUGAGAGCUUCUCAUCCACUUUGAUAUGGAAUGGCAGCAAUGGUAACCAGCUGCAGAAACUACCCAACCAAGGAAAAGAGAUCUUAGAUGUUCUUCCCUUUGCUGCCAAUGGAAAUGAUUAUCUGGCCACAAUUGAUGAGCAGAAAUUAAGUGUUUACAAAUGGAUGGAUGAAUGAAUGAAAUUUUUGAAGAAUUCCAGUAAAGCUCAAAGUACCUAUAUUUUUGUAUCAUUGUGUCACAAGAUCUGUGUCAAUAAUUGUACAUUCAAAGCUAUGGGAUAAGAAAAGAGUGAAGAAGUUCUGUUAAAUCUGCAGCUUAAUUUUUGUGUAUUGUUUGGGAAAGGGAAUGCUAGUACAGAAAGCUGAAGAUAGUUUAUCAUGCACACCACCAAAUAUUUGUAAGAGAAUUAAAAAAAAAGAUAUUUAAAGUCAAUCUGUGCAACAAACUGCUGCUAUACUGGCCCCAGUUGUUUAAAGGGAGGAUAACACUAUACAUGGCAUCAAUCUCUAUCCCUUGGAUAGUGCAGUUCAUUUUGUUAACGUUAUUUGCUAGAUAGUGAUUUAUCUAUUGUACAGAGUUAUCCAUCCCUUGAACAACAGGGCCCUGAUGUUUAGAGCAGGACACUUGGAAUAGUGGAAAGUGCUAAGUAAACAACAGCUCAGUGCUCAUGCAUAAAGAUGAAACAAUUUAUGAACCUGUAAUAUAUUAUACUGUGAAUAAGUUUUUUCAAGUUGUUGCAUUAUCAUUCUUUGUUAAUCUUGUUACUAUCAUUAAAGAAUAUAAUUCAGUACCCUUGGCUUUGUCUUUUCCUCUACCAUUCAACAACAUGCAUGCCAUGAAGUAAGAGACAUAAUUGUAUGCUUGCAAGGUUGCCAGUUAUGUUUUGGACUAUUUGAGUGGCAGAUAAAUGAAGGGGGUGUGUCUUAAAAGAAACUGAGGUACUGGAUUGUUAAGGGGAAUUAUUAGAUUGCUCACAGUGCCACUAGGUAAGAUUAAUCAAAUCCUGUGUUAUGAUUGGCUA